UCACACAGCCAACUACCCGAGCCCUGCAAGUCAACGAGAACAACAGCAGUCGCAUCAGUUCAAAUGGCAUCAACACAGCAAGAGAAGGCGGAUCCUCAUGGACCGACCGCGCCUGCUUCCUCGGCAAGCAAGUCGUUCGUUCCGUUAGAGAACAACCCCGAGGUAAUGAGCUCGCUGCUGCACAAACUCGGUCUCUCAUCACAGCUCGCCUUCCACGACGUCUUUAGCAUCGACGAGCCCGAACUGCUUGCCUUUGUCCCUCGCCCGGCAUGUGCACUCCUCCUAGUCUUUCCUGUCAGCGACACAUACGAAUCAUUCCGUCACAGUGAAGACCACGACAAGGCAGAGUACGAAGGCUCUGGCCCUAAUGAGGAGGUCGUGUGGUACAAACAGACUAUCGGCAACGCCUGCGGCUUGAUUGGCGUUCUCCAUGCUGUGAGCAAUGGUCCCGCUCGCGACUUCAUCACUCCCGCCUCGGAUCUGGCAAAGCUUCUUGAGGAUGCCAUCGUCCUCAAGCCUGCCCAGCGUGCUGACCUGCUGUACGAAUCUCAAGCUCUUGAAAACGCACAUCAGGCCGCAGCCACUGGUGGAGACACUGCUGCUCCUUCAGCAGAGGACAACGUUGAUUUGCACUAUGUCUGCUUCGUCAAGUCGUCUACCAAUCACCUCUGGGAGAUGGAUGGCCGUCGCAAGGGUCCUCUCAAUAGAGGCCCCUUGUCCCCAGACGAAGACGUCCUGAGCGAUAAUGCUCUCAACAUGGGCGUCCGCAGUUUCCUUCAACGAGAGACUGAGGCCGGAGGUGGCGAUUUGCGUUUCAGUCUCAUUGCCCUCUCGCAAUCACUCGACUGAAGCAUUGCCGAGAAUACCGGCCAUAAGGACAAAGGAGCCUCAGAGAGUUGCUUAGUCCACGAAAACGGUCACCACGUGUUUGUGGGUCCAGGCCCUCUUCUUUACGAUUCAUGAGGUAUGUAAGCUAGGGAUGCGGCCGGCACGAUGAACGGUUUGGCACGCGAAGUCUGAAUCCAAACAACGACACCACCAAAAGAGUGCAUUCCUCUGCACCACCGUAGAGCCCGCAAUUCGAUAUGAGGCAUGCGGCAAAACGUCCACGAAGGAUAUCAGUGCAAGUGCCGAUAACCGUCUAAAACUUCCCCGAAUAAUGGUAUGAACUGAAAUCUUUAGCUCCCCUGAGGUUGCUUUCAGCAAAUCUUCUUCACCUC